AAAUAAAAAAGAAAAAAAAAGAGAGUGAAAUUGCUCUUCCCCAAUAUCUAAAACACACUCUGCUCGAACCAGUCGCCCUAAAAAUCACAAAAAUGGCAGCAACAACACUAGCUCGGCUCUCGAGAAAAAUCGUAACUGCCUCUACUCAUCGGAACCAGCUUCCUCAGCGAGCGUUUUCGACUGAAUCAUCAUCGGCGGCGGCGGAUCGGGUGAAAUGGGACUACCGAGGUCAACGCCAGAUCAUUCCGUUAGGUCAGUGGCUCCCGAAGAUCGCGGUCGAUGCUUAUGUGGCUCCUAAUGUUGUGCUCGCCGGUCAAGUUAGGGUUUGGGAUGGAGCGUCGGUUUGGAACGGGUCGGUUCUGAGAGGAGAUCUUAAUAAGAUUAGUGUUGGCUUUUGUUCCAAUGUUCAGGAGAAGUCUGUUAUUCACGCCGCUUGGUCCUCUCCUACAGGGCUGCCAGCAGAGACAUUAAUUGAGAGAUUUGUGACUGUUGGUGCAUACAGUCUCUUGCGUUCAUGCACUAUCGAGCCAGAAUGCAUUAUUGGUCAGCAUUCCAUACUUAUGGAAGGUUCUUUGGUGGAGACGCAUUCUAUACUCGAAGCUGGAUCUGUGGUUCCCCCUGGAAGAAGGAUUCCUACAGGAGAGCUUUGGGCAGGAAAUCCAGCAAGGUUUGUUAGGACCCUGACUCACGAGGAGACGCUUGAAAUUCCUAAACUUGCUGUUGCAAUUAAUGAUUUGAGUAAAGCCUACUUCUCCGAGUAUCUCCCAUAUUCAACGGUAUACUUGGAGGUUGAGAAGAUGAAGAAGAAUUUGGGGAUUUCAAUUUGAAGCCCCCAACCUAACCCCUCGUCCCGUAUAUCAGUUAAAGCAUCCUGGCGUGAAAAUAAGCAACUCUAGAACUCAAAGGUCAGACCCUUGAGCGUUACUUUUGUAUUGUAUGUGAUUUCUGAAUGAUUAUGACGGCAAUGUCGAAUCAAAGUCUGUAAUGGACUUGAACUGUUGUUUCAUCUAUACUCCUAUUUUGAGUCAGAUUUUUGAGAUUGUUAUCUUAUUUAAUGUUUCAGUUUACAGUCAA